AUGCGUCGCUAUUCUCCCGCUUAUUACCUCUCACAUGGGCAGCUUUUUGUACUCGGAAGCAUUUGCAGAGGAAAGCACGGUCAUCAAGGACGCACCGCAAAGAUGGAUAUGGAUAUGCCCGGCAUGGAUAUGGACAUGCCCGGGAUGGACAUGGGGGGAAUGGGGGAUAGCGGGGGCUUUUGCCAGGGGGAGGGAAGCGUUAUGAACAACGGCUUCGUUUUCAUGCCGCAGGACGGGUACUGCAUCCUCUAUCUAUUCCAAGGGGCCGUGGUGAACACGGCGGGCAAAUACGCCGGGGCCCUCAUCGGCACUUUUUUCUUGGCUUUUUCUGUCGAGGCCUUGCGUCACUUUCGUCUGUGGAUGAGGUUGCGCCGCGCCACCGUCGUUCUCGCGCACGGAGAAAAGGAAGGAGAGGUCGUGACCGGGCCUCCCCUCCGGGCUCAAGUGCUGCCUAUUUUCUUAGAAGCGCUUCUUUUCGGCGUGCACAUGUUCGUGGCCUACCUCAUCAUGUUGUUGGUCAUGCUGUAUGAAUGGGCCAUUUUCAUCUCCCUCCUGCUGGGCCUGGCCGCCGGGUAUUUUACUUUUGAAAUGUGGGAGGCCUAUAGGGUCGCGAAUAAGAAGCAACUUCCAAGUGCCAUUGGGGCUAUUGGUGGGGGUUGUGGCUGUGUGGACGAAGUGAUUCACGUGGCUGCCGAAUCGACAAUUCACCCUGGACAUGGAGGGCAGCGAAAUGGAAAUGGCACCCAAAAUUCUGGGGAUAAGGUUUAAAUGAACAUACAAGGAAAGUGAGGGAACCAAGAUUGAAGGUGCAGCAGGGCUAUGCGCAAAGUGAGAGCAGUCAUUGCAAGUUCCUGUACGACUUGUCAAGUGAUAGACAAGAGAAUGUUGCCAGGUGAUAGACAAGAGAAUGUUGGAGGAUGGGCGUUAAUGGACUUGAUUGUGUUUAGUCGUACGUGGUGCGUGCGAGGCCACUUUUUUGAGUAAGAAAGCAACGAGAAGCUGCUCAAUUCCUGCCAAGCCAGGAACCGCGGACAUUCUCAAUCUAAAUAAAAUGAAAUGACCAUAGGGCAUGA